ACUAUUAACAAAUGCAUGACCUAGAAGAGAAAUUUGGACUUCUGCUAUUACUUUGUCUUGACUUUACUUCCAGUGUGUUUGUAGUCAGACAUGAAAGAUGACUUUGAUUGUUUCCAUCUUCUCUUUCCGACAAUGUGAACUCCAACUCACCGAAUGUUCCCAGCUAAUCUUGGUUUUGCCUGCACAUGUGAGAAGAUGCAGUGCAAUGCCUGCAAAUAAGGAGAUCUAGAAAAAGCCUUUGGGUAUAAAAGCAAGAGCCAUGGAGAAGAAAAACCACAUUCAGAGCCAAGAGAGAGGCAAAGCAGCCCUGAGACACAAGAGGCAACUAAAGCAACAUCCCAGCAAAUACACGUCAAGGGAAAAUGGUGAACGUAGGCUACAAAGUUCUCUUUGCUCUGGCCAUCUGGACGAUGACUACAGAGGCCUUUCCCAAAGGCGCUGAGAGGACAAAAUGCCACCUCGCAAAAUACAAGUCCCUGCCACCUCGGGAACUGGAGGCCUUCAAGAAAGCCAAGGACAAAUUUGAGGACAUGAUGCUGUUGUCAGACCGAAAAUGCAGCACCAGGAUUUUCCACCGGAACUGGGAAGUCAAAGAGCUGUCGGUGCACGAUAGAGUCAUCCUGGUAGAGAAGGAGCUAGACUUUGCCACUAACGUGCUGGAGAACGUUGAGGACCCCAGUCUGUCCAAGCUGCUCUCAAGGCCGCUAGAAAUCCUGACACAGAUCAGAGGGGACCUGAGGGACUGCACCAGACAAACUCAUUCUCAUCGACACUCCAGGAGGCUGAACAAUUGGCUCCAAAAUUUCCAUGAGAGCAAAGAGACGGAAACACCUGGCUGCCUGGAAGCAUCUGUGAUCCUCAAUCUCUUCCGGCUGCUGAACGAAGACUUGAGAUGCGCAGCCUACAUGGACCUCUGUGUGUAGCCAUCUGGUCUCUGCAGUGCCCCUGUCCCCAUCUACUCUAGAGACUGGAGAGUCCCUAGCCUGAGAGCACUGCAACAUAUUGGGAGAAGACGUGUGUGAACCAGGAACAUUCAUCUUCUCCCUCUGGCUUCUGAUCAUAGAUCCCCAAGCAAACUGAUUCCAUCCUUUUAUACCAAAGAAUUACACAACAGUUGGCCUCCAGGUUACUCCAAUUUCCAGCUGGUGCAGCACUCUAGGCUCCUUAGACUUCACUAGGAUUUGGUCCUCUGGGGAUAUUAUUUAUUGAAUGUAAUUGUAUUGUCACUAUAUGAAAGCAUUGUAGUCAGGGUAACAUGUCCCAAAAUAUUGGAAA